CAUCCAUCCACCGCAGUAGCUUUCCUCCCGUCCUCCACCGCAGUCCCACCAUGUCGCCUCAUUCGAAAUUUCUCGAGUCCCAUGAUGACUCGGCGGCAGAAGACCGUCAAACCGAUGACUCCACUACACAGCUUCCGUAGGCAUCUUAAACCACCAAAAACUGCAAUCCCGAAUUCCCAGCGCUUCUUGCUCGUGUGUUGCAGCGAUGGUAGGCGUGGCGGGGAAAUCCAAGGGUUGCAACACCUGCAGGAAGCGCAAGAUCCACUGUGAUGGAACCCGGCCGUCCUGCGAUCGGUGCAGAAAGAGUGAUCGGGUAUGCGGAGGAUAUCAGCGGGAACGACAUUUCAAGAAUCUGAGUGCCUUGGAUCGGGACACCUUGUUGACCCGGACUCAGCCCUUGACUUCGCUCACAGACUUGCACACGAUCAACGCCGGUUCAGUUUUCGAUCCUACGCCUUGCAGCACCCCCGAAACGGACGACACCACAACUUCCAAAAGCCAGAAUGUUCAGGGCCCAAGACAGGCCCCGAGUCUCUCGGAGUUGUUCGUCGACUUCCUCGACAACUACAUUCCUAGAGGAGAAGCCGUGCUUCAGGAUGGGCGGAAGGGCCAAGUUUCCUGGCUCCAGGCCAUUGAUCCCUCGCUGGUAAACGACGCCUCUCUCGAUCUCGCAAUCUUCGCGUUGAGUCUGGUCUGCUUGGGUCGCAAACACGGCGACGAGAGCCUCCGGCGUGAGGGCGCGGCAACCUACGGCAGGGCUUUGCACCGACUACGCGACAUUCUUUCACACCACCGUCUGCUUUUCGAGGAGCAGACGCUUGCCAGCUGCAUGGCGUUAUCUACCUUUGAGCUGCUAGAAGUUUCAGGGGACAGUAUCGACGGAUGGGUCAGCCAUGUGGAAGGUAUGGCACGGCUGAUCCAGCUUCGGGGUCCGGAGUCGCAUGUUGUUGGAUUGAGCCAUCGUCUCUUCUUGGGCUUCAGAUCUACUUGUAUCACCUACGCCUUGGCUACCCGUCAAUCGACCUACCUUGCACAGCAGGACUGGCUGACAGUGCCGUGGGAGACACAACCGAAGUCGGACCUUGACCGGCUGCUCGACAUCAUGGCCCAAAUUGCAGUCUUAAUCGAGAAGGCAGCACGACCGAACACCGCCUCCUCCGCUUUCGACAUCCCCCAUGCACAGAGAUUAGGACUACUACAGCAGGGGUGGGAAUUCCAUUCUCAACUUGAGAGCUGGUACCAGACACUCCUACUAAAUCAAGCCGGGCCGCCGUACUGCGAGCGGCCUUCGUCCACACGUUUUCUUCCUCGAUUGGCCUCCGUUUUCCCGAAGGCACUACACUUCCAAAAUUUCGAAAUUGCACGCCUUCAUCUCUCCUACUGGACCACUCUCCUCUUGCUCCACAGUAGCAUCCUCACCACCCCCUUCUCGUCUCCGAGCGACGUUGAUCCGACUUCUAGCCUUCCGGCGUCUGGGGAAAAUGAUUUCAUCCACAGACGAGCGCUGGAGCUGGCGAGAAUGAUCGCUAGGUCGAUGGAGUAUCUGCUCUCGGAAGACAUGCACGUUCUCGGACCGCAGAAGGUGUUCUUCGCCUUGCGCGCAGCAAUGCACGUAUUGGCGAGCUUGGGGGAAGAGGAGGAGAUAGACUGGUGCAAGGAGGUUUUUGAGGAGCUUGAUCGCCGCGGGUAUCCUUUUGGCAAGAUCUUGGCGAAGUGCGAGUGGGACGACAUACCAGCACUCUUGUCCGGAAAAUCUACUACGGGAAAGGCUGUCCCAUCCCAAAAUUCAUGCACGCAAAAUGUUUGAAACGGGUUGAGAGUUGUCUCCAGCGAGCCUGUUCUUGAGCAUACUUCUAUGUGCGGCAGACAGGCCCUCAGUCCCCGUCUAGAGGAUCAAAGUCCGGAGGGACGAAGAUGGUGAGAUGCUGGUGCAGGCACGCAAACAGGUCCUUGAGCCAAGCCAGUCUCUCCUCAACAUAGAGUCCUCGUCGCGCGAGAAACACCAGGGUCAUGCGCGCAGCCAUGAGUGAGCGCACCAUCAGGAAAGACCGGAAACUUGAGAUCUCUUCUCCCUUUGAACUGUGGCCGAGCUCUUUCUCCUCCGUGGCAAUUAGCAACGCGGGCACGGUCGAGCUGAGAUCGUCUUCGAGCUGCAACAACACCUCCAGAGACCCUAGCGCUUCAUCGGAUUGCGUCGCGGCCUCGGCGAGGAGGAUCUGCAACUCGUGCAACCUGACCCGAGCGUACCGCAUCAUGUUCCACAGGAAGCAGGGCCCAAACCCUGAAUAUAUGUGCACGAACACAGGGGCUCGCCGAUCUCUGAUCAAAGGCGCAAUCCAAUGCGGCAGCGGCCGAUACUGGUCCUUUGGGAUUCGGUCGUAGCUGAAUUGCCACGGAAUAUUCGAGAUGAGCCUCUGCCAUCGCAGGUCCAAGAGAUGAGCUCUCUCCAAGAGCGGGGUAGCAGAAGCAUGCUGCUCAUAUCCCGGCAGGGUGCUCUUUCGCUCCAUGUAUUCGGCGCACAAAGUGGCGACAUCAGCGACCAGCAGGUGCACUUGAGCGGACAUCGGCUCGUACACUUGCUUCACGAAUGACGGGUUAUAUGUCGGUCGCAGACCGAAUCGUAAGCAUUUGUAGAGCUUUCAACAAUCAGCAAGGGACGAAAGGGCUAGGACCUGUGUAUACAACCUCUUGAGUGUGGACGGCUUUGAAAAGAGUCGGGCCUAGGGGUGUCUGGAGAAUCCCAGACCCGCGAUGUUCGAGAAGCGCCGCAGCUCCUCGCGUGUGGGCGUACCAGCUACUGAACGCCGUUUCAGGGGACAAGUAGAUCUGGAAACUCAUAAGUUGUUACCUAGUAAAGUGUGUAAUACUCGAGGCCAUUACCUCGCAGAAUCCCAACAAUUGGCAAGCUA